AAAUGGUGUGGGAGAUCACCAAUAGAUGAGGCAGCGCUCUUUCGCGUGUCAUGUUUUUGAAGAGCCACGCGUUUCACUCUAGGUUCCCCACUCGGCACGCACCAAUGCAGAUACGGACGGGAUCGGACGCUGCUGGCGCCUGAACGUGUAUCAUCUUCAUUGCGCUCUCGGUGCUUUUCUCCAGCUCGCCGGUAUCAUGCAGUCUUUAAUAUCCCCAGUCACCAAAGCAAUACUGGUUGCACUGUUUAUUUUUGCGAUCCUUCUCAUUUUGUACGUGAUAUUAUGGUAUAUAUGUCGAGAUGUGGAUUGUGAUCACGGAAUUUGAUUGACAUUAUUGGAUGCGUCUUUAAGGACAUGCACCGGGUGUCCCAGCAUCUGCACUGUUCAACAAGGGAGCAAAGGUUGACUCUGUGGUUAAUCCCCGUUGUAAAUCGGAGUCCAGACUCAAUUGGGUGUCUACAUUGCUUGUCGCACACAGCGGAACUAUCGUAAGAACAGAUGAUCCGAUCCUGCUGUACUUCAGCACGGAGCGUAAAUAUUGAGACACUCCCUGUCAUCUUCAAUCAUGUGGUGGUUUUUGCCUUGUGUCUUCGGCUUCAUCAGACUCUACUUAGACGGCGUCAAAGUUCUCCUAUACCAGCUUUUCAACAAAUCGUUCAAACUGCCAGAUUUGCCCAAGCAGAAUGGAAAGGUUGCCAUAGUUACAGGGGGAGCCAGAGGAAUGGGAUAUGAGAUUUCCAGACAUCUGGUCAGCCUGGACAUGCAUGUGAUCAUUGCUGGGAACGAUGAAGAGGAGGGUCUGGCAGCAGUGAAGAAGAUUCAGGAGUUGAAUCAGGGAAAAGUGCAGUUCAUGUACCUGGAUUUGGCCUCUUUGACAUCUGUGCGGCAGUUUGUCCAGAGAUAUAAAUCCACAGGUUUGCCACUACACGUCCUUGUCAAUAAUGCUGGUGUAAUGCUUGUUCCGGAGAGGAGAACAGAGGAUGGAUUUGAGCUACACUUUGGGCUAAACUACCUGGGCCAUUUCCUGUUGGUCAACCUGUUGCUAGAUGUCCUGAGGAAGUCAGGCAAACCUGGGAAAUGUUCCCGAAUAGUUAUUAUGUCUUCAGCUACCCAUUAUGGAGGAAGAUUAACUCUGGAUGACUUGCAGGGAAGGAUGUGUUAUAGUGCACAUGGUGCAUAUGCCCAGAGUAAACUGGCCCUGCUGCUGUUCUCCUACCACCUGCAGGACCAGUUGCUGGUCAAAGGAGACCCUGUAACGGUUAAUGCAGUGGACCCAGGCAUGGUGAACACAGCCCUGUAUGACAAUCUGUGUGGCCCGGCCCAGCUAGCCAAGAAGCCUUUCGCUAAACUGCUCUUUAGGACGCCUGCAGAAGGAGCAUCCACAGCUAUCUACGCUGCAGCUGCCUCUGAGCUCGAGGGGAUCGGAGGACUGUAUCUGUACAACGGUCGUAAGACGGAGUCUUCAGCGCUCUCCUAUGAUGAACGGCUGCAAACCAAGUUGUGGAAAGAAAGCUGUGCUCUAGUGGGUCUCCAAAAGGACUGAGAUAACAUCAGCAAUGAGCUCCUGAUCACAGAGACCUUGGCUCUUCAUAAAAUGUCCACCUGAAAAAAAUUCAACCUCUUGCCUUAAGUUAGUUUAGUAUCCCUAUUUUCCAAUUUCCCAUUCUCUGAAACCGUCCCUCGUUCUUUAAACCAUCUCGUUACCAUUUCGUGUUCACACAAGCCAUCCUUUAAGGUCUUGAAGACUUUACCUCAACAAUACAUGACCAAUACUACCAAGUGCACUGUUUUCCAACAUAAAACCUCUCUCUUCCUCCACUCCUCACUUGGGACCUUUCUAAAGACUUCAGUUUUCCUGAACUAAGCAAAUAAAACAAUGAUUUUGACUAAUAAUCUACUAUGUUGUGCUCGGCUAAGCCUUUUUGAGUGCUUAAUGAAUCAGGACCAUCACAAUGGCUGUUCCACUGAUUUUCCUUUGGAAUCCAUCAGCAGACUAAAGACAAUCGAAGGAUAACAUAAUUACAUGUGAAAUCUCAAGCUCUCUAAACUGGGCAAAUACCAGCCUACUGUAUCUCUGUUUAUUCUCUUCAUCACCACACUGGGAUUUUAUGUCUUUCUUUGUUAGUAUAGUUGUAUACAUUGGGUUAUUCCAUCCAUCAGUCAGUGUCAUUCCUCCCUCUGCCUACCACAACUAAUUCUCUAAACGCAAACUAUAGAAAGGGGAGGGGGGCGGGGGUAAGGCCUUCAUUUUUCAUUCCUCCACUGUGCAGUUUACAAUGCUGUGUUUCAAAUCUCCCACAAAAGAGACGGAUGCCCUCAUGUCAGGUGCCUCACCUUCAUCAACCUUGUUUUUCCCCAAGGGAAAUAUUUCCCCCCAACUGUUCUGUUCGUGACUGUGACGUGCUUAGAAUUUGUGAUUCCAAUGUGUAAUUAUGUGGUAGUGGUGUUUUUGAUGUUUAUUUUUUUGUUUUUGUUUUUCCUGAGCUUCUGAGCAGACAUUGAAACAUAAACAUUUAAAAUAUGUGCACUUUUUUUUAGAUGUUGAGUCUUAACUUUUAAAUAUAUUCCAGCUAUUAUUAUUAUUAUUUAAUAUAUAUUUAUCCAAGGUCAGUGUUCAAUUGCAAAACAACUGAUUGAGUCUUGAAAUCAUGGACAUUUUUCCGAUAGGAAAUGUUGCUUCAUAAAUGAAGAGCUCUUUUCCAAAACACGAUAAACGCCAUUUUUUUUAAAAACGAGUUUGUCGUGUCAUUCUGCUG